AGAUUCAACAUUAUCACACUUUAAAUCAGCAAGAAUCUGCAAGUAUAACUGGUGAAAAUAAAAAAUAAAAGUGAAGAAAAUGUCAAAAAUUAGGAAAAUAAAGAUUUAAUAUUGACUGGACACCCUGAUUAUGAAGUGUUGAUUGAUACCUUCUGAUUCAUAGAUUUAUUUCAGGUCCUAGCAAUAUCUUUAUGCAAAUAAAUGGACUGAAAAAGACCUCAUUUUUGCUUUUGUGCCUACUAUGUUCUGUAUAUUAAAAAAGGUCUGUAUAGAUUAAACAGCACUGUAUAGAUUUUUUUAUGUUUAUUGUAUUCCUCUUUAGAAUAUAAAAUUAACAAUAAACAGUCACAAAACAAACUUACCAAGAUGUUGUGGUACGUUGUCAGCAUUGCGUCUUAUCUUUAUCAAAAAGUCAUGGUUUUUGUUAAUCGUCAGGCUGCUAUUGCUCCAAGAUCUAGACGCCGAACAACUAAUUCCGAUUCAGCUUUCUCCGAUGACGUGGAUGCACCCAUGCUAAGAAGGCCACGAUAUGGAAGAAGACUGAAGAAGAAAAUGUCCUUUGCAUCUGGAGUUGAUGGAAUUGGUCAAAGUAUUGCUAUUUUAACAAGUGGGGGUGAUUCACAAGGUAUGAAUUCAGCUAUCAGAGCAACAGUAAGAUUGGCUUUACAUGCUGGUGCGAAAACCUUUGUAGUAUAUUGGGGUUAUCAAGGUCUUGUUGAUGGUGGAAAGAACAUAAAAGAAAUUUUCUGGGAUGGUGUACAUGGAAUAAUUCAUCAAGGAGGAACUGUGAUAGGAAGUGCAAGGUGUACUGAUUUUAGAGAACGGGCUGGUAGAAAGAAAGCUGCUUACAACCUUAUCAAAAGAGGAAUAACAAAUCUUGUUGUUAUUGGUGGAGAUGGCAGUUUGACAGGUGCGAGUUUGUUAAGCAGCGAAUGGAAGUCACUAGUUGCAGAACUGAAAAAUGAAGGAAAAGUAACAGAAGAACAAGCUAUAGAUCACUCAUAUUUGAGCUUAGUUGGAAUGGUUGGUAGUAUUGAUAAUGACUUCUGCGGUACUGAUAUGACCAUUGGGGCUGAUUCAGCAUUACAUAGGGUGUUGGAAAGUGUGGAUGCAAUUGCAACAACUGCUCAAAGCCAUCAAAGAGCCUUUAUUCUUGAAGUGAUGGGUAGAAGAUGUGGGUAUCUUGCUCUGAUUGCUGGUAUCAGUUGCAACGCAGAUUGGGUUUUUCUUCCUGAAUGGCCAUCAGAAGAUGGAUGGGAAGAAAAUUUGUGUGAUAAUUUGAGAAAGACACGAGAGACUGGGCGUGUCUCAACUAUCAUAAUAUUAGCAGAAGGAGCGCAGGAUGUACAUGGAAAUCCAGUUACUGCUGCUCAAGUUAAAGAGCUUUUAUCGAAGAAAUUAAAAUACGACACAAGAGUGACAGUGCUGGGACACGUGCAACGAGGUGGAACACCAUCUGCAUUUGACCGACUUUUGGCAAGUAGGCUUGGUGCUGAGGCAGCAUUGUGUGUUUUGGAAUCAGGCGAGCAAACAAUUCCCACUGUUAUGUGUUUAAAUGGUCAACAAAUUGUAAAGAAACCACUUCAAUCCUGUGUCGACUCCUGUAUUGAAAUAAAGACUGCAUUUGAUAAUGGUGAAUUUGAGAAGGUGGUUAAAUUGAGAGGAAGUACGUUUGAAAAGAAUUUGAUCAUGUUUAAAGAAUUGAAGCAUGUCUCACCUCCACAGACACCCACCAAUAAGGGUUAUAAAUUAGCUGUUAUGACAAUAGGUGCACCUGCUGGUGGCAUGAAUGCGGCUGUUCGGUCAUUUGUACGUAUUGCAUUGUACAAUGGACAUUCAGUGUUAGGAGUUACAGAUAGUUUUGAUGGUCUUAUGAACAACAAGUUUCGAUAUCUUACUUGGUCAGAGGUAGAACAAUGGACUGGACAAGGUGGUUCAAAUCUUGGCGUUUCAAGGACACUACCUGAAAAACAUCUUGACAAAAUAGCAGAACGUCUGAAAGAGCAUGGUAUUCAAUCUUUGCUGAUUAUUGGUGGUUUUGAGGCUUUUGACAGUUUGGUGCAGCUUACUCAAGCUCGCAAAAAGUACGAUGAAUUCUGUAUACCCAUGGUUGUAAUACCAGCCACGAUGAGUAAUAAUGUUCCAGGCUCCUGGUUUUCACUUGGUGCUGACACAGCUUUAAAUGUUAUUGUAGAGAGUUGUGACCGCCUUCGUAUGUCUGCAAGCAGUUCUCAAAGUCGAGUCUUUAUCGUGGAAACAAUGGGUGGUAGAUGUGGUUACUUAGCUACCAUGGCUGCGAUAGCUGGUGGCGCGGAUUCAGCAUAUACAUUUGAAGACAAAUUUACGUUGGCCGACCUAAAGGACAACAUAACUCAUUUAAUACACAAGUUCAAGUACAGUAAUUUUGGCAGUGGAUUGAUAUUACGAACGGAACACUGUAAUGAAAAUUAUUCUACGGACUUCAUAUCCCGCGUGUAUUCCGAAGAAGGAAAGGGAAUCUUUGAGACAAGAACUAAUGUUUUGGGACAUGUGCAACAGGGCGGCACUCCAUCACCUUUUGAUCGUUUGUGCGGAACACGUCAGGGCGUGAAAUCCUUUAAUUUUCUGCUACAGAAAAUGGACGCCUGUAAAGAUGAAUUUGGUUUGGUGAAAACAGAAGAUCCCAAUUCAUCCUGUGUGUUGGGACACAUUAAAAAUUCUUCCACGUUUACUCCAGUAUUAGAUCUGUUAGAAAAUACAGAUUUCAAAAAUCGUGUGCCAAGAUGUUAUUGGUGGACGAGUAACAUAAAACCUCUUCUCAAAGUGCUGGCGCAUUACGAAGUCAUGUAUUAUCGUGAGACUGACCGCGGUGAUGUUGGUUCCUUCUCAUCGUGAUACUGACCGCGGUGAUGGUGGUUCCUUCUCAUCGUGAGACUAGUCGCGGGGGUGAUGUUUGCGGUAAUCUUUCUAGGAAGUAAUAUAUAGAAGUAUUUUAGGUUAGCUAGAUUUAGCGCAACACAGGAUAGGCGUAAAUGUUAUAUUCAAUAAAAGUUAAUAAUAAAAAUUCAUUGCGAUGGAUCAACCAUUGAUGAUUGUGUUCAAGGUCAUAAUAAGGAACGUCCCCUCUAAAACGUCUAGAUUUAGCACCCCAUUCCCCCUCUAUUCGUGUCAUUCUGUAUGACACAAACUGAGCAGUUAGAAGAGUAGUAAACUAUGGCAUGUAUCCUACGUAAUCAUAUGGGAUGCAUUACCCCAAUCAUAAUUAAAGGUAUAUAUUGAAUGUAAAUUGUGCCAUACACUUCCCCAAUCCUAAAACAUAAAUUGAUUACCGCCACACUCCCCCUCCCUCCCUCGCUCGGGACGUUAAUUAUGUAUGACCCCUCCAGAAAAAAUUCGCUUAAAUAUGUAACAACGCACUACUAUCGCAAGUUAAAUUGAGUUUCUAUUUUAUUGCAUGUUCUUGAAAACACUGACGCAAUCAAAUGCUGUAAUAAAAAGUGUCAUGUGAUAAGAAUGUUUUAGGACGAAACAGACCCUUUCUUGUUGUUUUGUUGUUUCAGCGGUUAUCUAUUUCUAAGGACUUCUCCGUUGGUGUUAUUUUUUAGUUGGCGCGAAUUUUAAAUUAACUUCAGUCAUAUUUAUUGCACGCCUUUAAAGUUUUAUAUUUUAUUAUACAUGAAGUGUUAAUGUUCCUAUUUUUUGUUUGUUUGCAUGUUAUUGAUCAUCAAAGAACAUGGCUGAACUAAAAAAAAUCUUUUGCCGUAUUUCCAUCCAUUUUCGUUUUUUAAGCAACCAUUUUGUUAAAGUUGUGCUAAAAAUCUCGAGUUUAGAAGAAGCAACAAAUGAAAUUAACAGACAUUGAUUUUUGCAUUAGUUUCUUAUCGUGUGGUUAAUGAUUUAUACUCAUUUAUGGAAGAAUUUCUUUUUCUGAUUUGAGCCGAAUAAUUAUGUUUUCUGAAUGGUAGGUAAGGAUUGGUUAAGUGCCGUUUCAGCAAUUUUUUUUUACGAGCUUUGAAACUUUGUGAACUAGUAACUUUGCACCAGAUGUAAAGUUACAUUGCUUUAAAAAACAUGCACGCUCAAUAUUUACUAUAUAUAAUUAGCUAGCAAUUAUUUAAUUUUGUAUUAGUCAUGUUUUGAUUGUAACAUUUAAUUUGAUUUACAA